AUGAAGCCACCAAAGCCUGAGCCCAAGAGAACAGCCGACGAGCCACAGCAUGUGCCAGCCGCGACCGUCCCCGCCAUGUCAUCCGGCGAAGACUCAGGCCCAGACCUACUAGGCUCGGAUUCAGGUCCUCCAGCUCUACGAUCACUGCCUCGAUCCGGUCACGAGCUGCCCUUCGUACAGCCAUCCUCGUACUUGAGACCCAGAACUCGGAGUCGUACAAUCCCCAUGGUCGCAACACCAAUGAGUCCCAUAGAUGAGGAGCAGAUGCAAGGCCUGCGAGGCGUGCGCGACUUCCUCCAGGUCAGAACCAGUUAUGAUGUUCUACCACUCUCGUUCCGUCUCAUCGUGCUCGACAACGAGCUUCUUAUUAAGAAGAGCCUCGAAAUCCUGGUUCAGAACGACAUCGUAUCCGCACCGCUGUGGGACUCGCAACGCUCCAAAUUCGCCGGCCUUUUAACCGCCACCGACUACAUCAACCUCAUUCAGUACUACUGUCAAUACCCCGACCGCCUCGAGGAAGUCGAGAAGUUCAAGUUGAGCAGUCUUAGAGAGAUUGAGAGAGCCAUAGGAGUCUCCCCUCUCGAGACCGUGUCCAUCGAUCCAAACAAAUCGCUAUACGAUGCUUGCAGUAGAAUGCUCAAGAGCCGUGCUCGCCGUAUACCUUUGGUUGAUUGCGACGAUGAAACCGGCCGAGAGACAGUCGUGAGUGUCAUCACACAGUAUCGAAUCCUCAAGUUCAUCGCCGUCAACACAGGAGAGCAUACAGUGCUCCUCAAGAAACCCGUCCGACAAAUUGGCGUGGGAACGUACACAAAACUCAUAACAGCCAGGAUGUCAGACUCGGUACUCGAUGUGAUCAACCUGAUGGUCGUCCACAACAUCUCGGCAGUGCCCAUCGUUGAUAGGAACAAGGUGGUGCUCAACGUCUUCGAAGCGGUCGACGUCAUACCGUGCAUUAAGGGUGGUCUGUACGAAGAGCUCGGUUCGACUGUUGGAGAGGCACUUACGAGAAGACCGGAGAAUUUCCAGGGAAUAUACACCUGCCAAGAAGACGACAGACUCGAUUCGAUCUUCAACACCCUGCGCCAAUCUAGAGUACACCGGCUGGUGGUGAUCGAUGACACCUGGCACUUGAAAGGCAUCAUAUCUCUGUCAGACAUCCUCAAGUAUGUCCUGUUCUAUGGAGAUGAAGGCGAAUACUUCCCGGUCCCGUCGCAAGCGAUCCAUCAGACAGAGCAGCAAGCGCCCAAACAGAUAGAGCAGGUGCAGAAGAAGCAGACGCUGCAGCCGCCGCAGCCGGAGCUGACGCUGCAGCCGGAGCUGACGCUGCAGCCGGAGCUGACGCAGCAGACGCAGCAAACGCAGCAGCCGGAGCAGCCGGAACAGACAUAG